UGAGAGUGAACGCAGCAAUAUUCCUUCUCACAACAGCUCAGCUGUCUUUAAGAAUGAGGGAGUCCGAUGGUUUGUUAACCUCAGCGAUGAUUCUUCCGCUACUUCUAAUCGUUUUUCUUCUGCCAGGUCGUCUCUGCACAGUGAGCACUGUAGGAGAUGUGUCUGUGCUGGAGGGUGAGUCCGUCACUGUCCCGUGUCACUAUAACCCGCAGUACAUCAGUCACGUGAAGUACUGGUGUCAGGGCCGGAUGAGGGAGUUCUGCACGAGCCUCGCGCGCACCGAUGACCCGGACUCAGCCCCUAACGGGAAGGGAAGGGUGACGAUCGCGGAUGACCCCACUCAGCACGUGUUCACCGUCAGCAUGCGCAACCUGACGGAGGAGGACUCGGGCUGGUACUGGUGCGGGGUGGAGCUCGGGGGAAUGUGGGUGUCUGACAGCACUGCCUCCCUUUAUAUCAGCGUCAUUCACGGUAUGUCAGCGGUGAGCAGUAUGCUGAGUGCAGAUGAAGGCAGCAGCGUCACUGUUGAAUGUCUCUACAGUAUAAACCUCAGGUCCAGUGAGAAGCGGUGGUGUCGCAGUGGGAACUGGAACUCCUGCGUGGUGACGGACUCUGAAGGAACGUUCAGCAGCAGGAAAGUCUUCAUCCACGAUGACAGGAACAGCAUGUUCACCGUGACGAUACAGCAGCUGGAGAUGAAAGACUCGGGCUGGUACUGGUGUGGAGCCGGUCAGCAGCAGGUGGCUGUUCAUGUGUUGGUCACAGCACAAACCACAACACUGAGCACAGCAUCUCCCAUCCAGAAUCUGAGGACAACAGUCAGAAGUACAUCUGUAAUGAGCUCAAAUGACCCUCACAGUCGUCCUGUUUGGGAGUUUCCUCUUGUGGUGUGUGGGGUCAUGCUGCUCGUCAUGACUGCGUUUUUAGCACUUUGGAAGUUACGGCAACUGUAUAAGAAAAAGCAGAUACAUCGAGGGACAAAUGAAAUGAACGAUAAUCUUACAAUGUGUCCUUGGAGAGAAGGAGACUAUAAGAACGCCUCAGUGAUUUUCCUGAACGCUCCAGCUCAGGCCCAGGUGCUCUAACGGAAGAGCUUCAUGAUGGGAAACACCAAACUCAUGGACAUUCAUGAUGCUGAAGGAGAUCAUCUUAAAGGGAAAUGAUGGACACUUUAACUCUUUAAGUCUCAUUAUAAAGUCUAAGAGAGUCCCGCAGACUGAAGAAACUGGAGGCCGGGAUAAUAUUUGACAUUCCUUCACAUGUAACAGUUAAAUGGAAGAUCAUCUUUCAUUUUAAUGCAUAUUUCAUGUCAUGUAUUUCUCUGUCUGUAAGCACAAGCCUUAUGAGUGAACUGUGCCGUAUAAGGAAGGAAAGGAUGUGACGUGACCCAUACUCGGAAUUUGUGCUCUGCAUUUAACCCAUCCAAGUGCACACACACUGUAGUGAACACACACCCGGAGCAGUGGGCAGCCCGGGGAGCAGUUGGGGGUGCGGUGCCUUGCUCAAGGGUCUCAAGAGUCAACUAAAAGUGCAGAAAAUGUUUGAAAGAUGUGUGAAUGUUUACAAAAACAUACUGAAGCACUGAGAAUGUGUCCAUAUCUCACUUUUUAUCAUAAUGGAGACUAUUUUGUCUUGUCGUGUUUUAUCAGCAUAUAAAUGAUGAAAAGCUUUCGUCCAGUAUUAACCUCUGUACAGAAAUAGUGCUUCAUUCACAUCCUGUUUCAAGUCCUAUUGACAUCUUUAUUUGAGGUUGUCACCCACUGCAAAUAAAUAAAUGUAACUCACUUCA